AUGGCGGGAGCUGCGGCGCAGGGUGGAGGGGGCAGAGGGGGAGGGGUGGCGCGCGUCGCGAUGCCCGGGGCGCGUGCGCAGCCGCCGGCGCCCGCCGCGCCUCGGCCACCCCGCCUGCGGGGCGCCGCUAGCUGGCUCCCGCCAGUCUCUGUCCCCUGGCUAUGUGCUGCUGCUGCUGCCGCCGCUGCUGCCGCCGCUGACGAGGACGCUACCGACGCUGAUAGCGACUUCCCGGGGGACGCCGGCGCCACGCACUGUGCGCCCACGCGUGCGCUUCACUGGCGUGAGCCGCCUCCGCCGCCUCCGCCGCCGCCGCCGCCGCCCCCGCCGAUGCUAUCGCCGACUGCUCUUUAUGCAGUUCGCCGCACGCGAUUGACCUGGACAGAGCGAGUGGAGGCGGUUCCCAGACGCGGUGCGUCGCGUGCGCAGCCAGCGUGCCACACAUUCCAGCUUCCCAGGCGGAGACCGCCGCCCUCGGGCGUCACGCAGGGGGCCUCUGCGAAGCCGCGUUCUUCCCUGCCAACAAACGCGCAUCCCGACAUCCGCAGCGAACUGCCGGGGGCAGCUGGAGGCGGCGGACCAGUUCCAACUUCUGACGACCUCGCAGAAGGCCAGCAGACGCACCCCAGCGUCCCGUCCCACAGGCGCCGCGCUCUCGAGGACACGCGCCGCUUCCCGUGUCACUGGCCGACACGCGCGCUGCCAAAACAACGCGGACGCGGCUACUCUGGCACACGUCCGAGCGACGCCAUACAGCUGCUGAUCCACGACCGUAUUCCGAGCGGCGGGGCGCGUUGCUAA